AUGUUAUGGGAGCUUCCGAACCUGACGACCGUUUGCCUAGUCGUCUCCGGCGUCUGGUGGUUCUUUAGCCGCCAGGCUGCAAGCCCCAGGUCCUUUCACGCCCACCUUGGCAUUGCCGCCCUCGCCCUUAUCAUCGACGCCCGCAGGCCGGCUCUGCGCCUUUGCGAGUCCGCCUGCUACGCCGUCGUCAAUGCCACGCCCCUUCAACAGUUCAGGAUGGUUCUGACCCUCGGCGCCGUUGUCUGGCUUCUUCACCGUUCAUGGCAGACGCUCUGGAAACCCGUGCCGGAACUAGUCAGCAUUCUCGGCGUUGACAUCCCACAGGCCCCAGACGUCUGCCUCGCCGGGAUAGGAGCCGACUCAGCCACCCUCAGCUGGACCAAGCCCGCCUCGAAUCGACCCGUCCAAAAGUAUCUGAUACAGGUGAAUGGCGUUCACGUUGGAGACUCACCGGGCAACGAGACCGCCAUCACGGUCACUGGUUUGCGGCCGAAUCACUUCUACAACCUACGCGUCGUUGCCGUCGGCCCAAACAACUUUCGCGCCGGAAGUCCCAUUAUCCGCCUUCGAACCUUUGAUUUUCCCCGUCUCGAAAGCGGCGAUGAUAACAACAGGCCUGACAAGCCCACUUCCUCGCUGCCAAUGGUCGAGGCGGCACCGGUGCUGGAGAGCAGUGCGGCCGUCCCCAGAGACUUGAGCGUCGCCGCCCCCGGACAACGUCGAAACACGCUCAAUCGUCGACACUCCCCAUCCGUGGCAAGCUCCGAUCAGCCCCAGAUGAGAACAGCCCCCUCGGCGGAUUCGGAACUGUCCCUGGCCGAGCUGAACGAGAAGUUUGAGGGAAUUCGGAAAGAAAUCGAUGAUACACUAGCCCUUUACGCCAAAGAUGAAGCUGAUUCCCAGCAUCAAGAGGAAGAGUUAAAAAGGGACAAGGAUAGCAAGCGACAGGUUCUCAAGGAAAGAGAAGAGCAAACGGCGCAGCUCAAGGCCAUGAUGCGAAUCACCAUGGAGCAGAUGCGCGCCGCUGAAAAGGAGCGGGCCAAGAAGGAACAGCAGCUGAAGGACAAAGAGACUAAGAGGGCCAAGGUCCGCGACAGCACCACCAAGUUUGAGAAUGAAAUCGAGAGGAUGAAGAAAGGGCGCCAAAACUUCGAAGCUCACAAGACGGAACUGGCGGAAAACCGCGACCGCGACGUCCAAAAGCUUGACGAGGACAAUGCGGAACUUCAGGUCAACUGCAUCAAGCUCGAGGCGGAAUUGAAGGACAAGGGGAAGCAGCUUCAAGAUAUCAAGGCAACAAGGGCGCCUUUGCCCGGCGCUGACGACGAGAAGUGGAAAGAGGAGGAUAUCAGACUGAGAAGAAAGUGGGAGCUCCAAAGAAGGGAAAUCCACAACCGACUGGUUGCCGAAACUAAGGAUGGACAUAUUCUAUCUCAGCAAAUCCGCGACUUGGGCGAACAACUGAGCGCCCAGCAACAAGCCGGCCACGCAUACUACAACCAGCCCGGCUCCUCGUCCAUGGACUUUGAACCAUCAUCCAUGACUCAGCCCAACCGCCCGGGCCACAGCGGCAAUUCUGUCCUCCAGGCUGGUCUGUCCUCGCCUGAUCGGACUCCUCAUGCCGAGCCCAGUUUCCAAGGGGGCAUAAGCUUCAACAACGCAGCGUUCUUGCCCAUUCUCUUCACGGACCUGACGGCAGACGAUGCCAACGAACUCCACACGGACAUCGAAUUCAAGGGAGCCGGUGGACUGUUGAGUCCGUCCGCGCAGACUCUUCUGCCCUCUAACAUAUUCGAAGAGAGCGAAGAGACGGAGACAAUGGAGUCAAGGAGCCCCUUUGUGCCGGAACCCACGACCGAGGAGGGCCCCCAAUCCCCAGCCUCUUCCAACAUGUCCUUCACCGUGUUUUCGAGCCCCCACGGCUCUGCGCAAAACCUUCCCUUUCCCCAGUACUCGGAUAAUGGCGAGGGAAGCUCGUUCAACGUACACCCGUCGCCGCCGGUGGCCCCGGCUGCUGGGCAUAAGAUCGCCAGCUUUUUGUCAACCUUCCAGCGGGGCCGAGGUACCAAGACUUCGGACACCGCCGGUCCCCCAAUCGGAAGUCUCAAGCCUGCCCAGAGUCAAUCGUUUCCCAGCGUGACGGACGAAAACGAAGCCUUGGCGAACAGACGAAGGAUCAACAUCUCGUCGUGGGUGGGUCGAGGCUCGAUGGCGCCAGUCAUUACCUCUUCUGGCGCGUCCAUUGCAUCGCCAAGGCCGCUCUCCGCUCUGCGGUUGAAUCCGCACAAGGGCUCGCCGGCUAUGGGUGUAUCUGAUCGAGAGGGCGAGCACUCUAGGCCCGCGUCCAUCGCCUCUACAGAUCUCCCACGGCCGUCGACGGAUAGCGGAUCGAUAUGGGGCACCCCAGGCGAUCCGUUGGUCUUGCAAAAGAACCGGCUUUGGUCCCCCGGGGACGGCCGAUGGCCAUCUAGGAACGGCUCGAGACGCCCGUCGCUACAGGGCUCCAAUGCUUUGACGACCUCGCUCGCCUCUGCAGAUGACGAGAUUCUAGAUGAAGACGACUUGUUGAAUCCUGAAACGCUGCCGAGUCAGGUAGGCGUCAUUGGAUCCCGUCCGCCCGGCUCUUCAAAGUCAAUGAACCAACGCCUCAAUCCCGCCGCCCCAACAUUUAUGGCCCACAUCUUCAGAAAGGAUAGGGACCGGAGCAAGGACAAGGGCAAAGGAAUUGAAGUGACGACUCCGAGCGGGGAGCUGGCUCCAAGCCUUGACGACUCACCUCCUGGCUCACGGGCCUCGCGAGACACGUACUCUGUCCAUACCCAGACUUCGGUGUCCGAGUCGCACGAAUCGCUGCAGCUUGAUUUCGCCCCGUCAAACACCGCCUCUGAUUUGAAUCCGACGUCUGCGUCGAAUGCCAAGGAACCAGAGAAGGCUGUCCGAAAGUUAUUCCGUAAGGGGAGCUCCAGCAAGUUCAGCUUAUCGUCGAGGUUAGGCAAAGAGUCGGGUCUGUUUAAGAAGGGCUCGGGCAGCGCCAGCAACUCGGAUCGGAACGCUUCCGCGGAUCAUCGGUCGAGCAUUGGAGACACUGACGAUCUCGGAGACGACAUCGCGGUGCUCGGGCGCAGCUACGACAGCGUGGCGAGUAGCACGUCUCUCGGUCCUUCUAAGUCCAAGGAGAACAGAGAGAGCGGACGGAAGGGCACGUGGCGCUUCUCCAUGUCUUCGAUCAAAAAGAAGAGUAAGGACACUCCGGUCAAGGAUAAGGGAGGGCUGGAGACGGACCACACAGCGGACGAGGAUUAA